AUGGAGAUGGAUGCGUCCGAUGCCAGCAACCCCUUUUCAGUAGAAGACCUGACUCUGGACCCAGACCUGAAUGACACUGACAACUAUGGCGUCCCAGACCCCGGGCUGCUCGAAGAACAUGUGUUGCCUUGCGGGCCCUCGCUGCAGCCCCAGUUAAGCUGCGCUGGUGCCCUCACGCGCCUGGCUCUGGGGCCCCUGGGGCCCAACUACGUCCCUCGCUGCUUUGCAGCCUAUGGCUCGGCUGUGCUCACCUUCGAUCUGCGCACUUGGACUGUCACAGACGUACGCCAGGAUCUCCACAAAACCACCAUCUCUGACCUGGCGUACUGCGGGGAGAUGGAGGCCAUGGUGACAGCUUCCCGAGACAGCACAGUGAAGGUGUGGGGGGCUGACUGGCAGAUCCGGAUGGUGUUCGUGGGCCACACAGGCCCGGUGACAGCUAUGGCCGUGCUUCCCAACACGACCCUGGUGCUAUCCGCCUCUGGGGACGGGACGCUCCGCACGUGGGACCUGCAGGCGGUGGCUCAGGUGGGCGAAGUGAUGCUGAGCAGCCCGCUGCCGCUUCCGGCGCCCCGGCCCUGCUGCCUGCACCUCUACAGCCACCUCACUGACCCCAGGAGCGCGUUCUCCAGCUGGGAGACGGUGCGCCAGUGCAAAGGUGAGGUGGGCCACAGCGACAUCCGAACCUGGAAGGAGAAGAACAGGUACCUGCCCCUGGUGGGGCACACGGACGGCACCUUGUCAGUGCUCAGCUGGCACACACUGGAGCCCGUCUUCCACACAGAGGCGCACAGCCCGGGCCCGGUCACUGCCAUCGCAUCGACCUGGAACAGUGUCGUGUCCUCCGGCGGGGACUUGACGGUGAAGAUGUGGCGUAUGUUCCCCUACUCGGAGGAGAGCCUGAGCCCGCUACGCACCUUCUCCUGCUGCCACCCCGCCCUGGCGCUGUGUGCGCUCCGGAAGAACAUUAUGGUGGCCUUCGAGGAUCCUGACAGCGCCACCUAUGGGCUGGUGCAGUUUGGCCUGCGCAGCAGCCAGCGCUAUGACCACCGGCCCCAGGACGACCACUUGGACCACAUCACUGGCCUGUGCUGCUGCCCCACACUCAAGCUGUACGCCUCCUCCAGCCUGGACUGCACCGUGCGGAUCUGGACCACAGAGAACAGCCUGCUGCGACUCCUGCAGCUGAACGGAGCGCCUCAGGCUCUGACCUUCUCCAGCAACAAUGGGGACCUGGUGCUGGCCCUGGGCUCCCGCCUCUGCCUGGUAUCCCACGGGCUCUACCUGCCCACAACCUACCUGGUGAAGAAGCUGUGCCAGAAGCCCCCCGAUGGGCUCGAUGACCUCCCCCUGCCGCUGACCACCCAGGAGUCGCUGACUUCAGUCCAGCUGCAGAGGCUGGCCAGCCUGCAUGGUGGGCCCGGAACCUCCCACCCAGCUGCCCUGGCUCAAGGUCUGGCUGUGUGCCCCCAGGGUCCCAGCAGGAAGUCCCAGGGCUUCCAGGCCCCUUGGGCCACCUCAAGCCUGUCCCAGCCCUGGCACGCCCCCUCCUGUCUCCUGUGCCCCCUCAGGGGCCUGGCCACCCUCCUGAAUGACUGUCCUAGCCUCAGUCCAGUCCCGCUGAGUGUACCUCCUAUCAUCUCCGUCUGCAGCUUGGCCUUGUCUUUCAUCCGCCACGGGAUGGCAGUACCUCAGCAGCCGCUCUUGAAGGAGGACCUGGAACCCUUAUUAGCCCGGGACCAAGACCUUCAACAGCUGAGACAGGGGCAGGUGUUGCCAGCAGCCCCCACCCCGCUCUCCUGGAAGCAGCAACUGGAGGCCUUUGACAACUACUUGUAUCUGGUCUACGGCCCGGCCCUGCUGGGCAUGCAUCCCAGGACAGAGUCCCAGCAGUGGACCAGCAUGUCCAUCACAGUGGAGAAGACCGGGGAUGUGUCCACCCUGCCGAGUGUCACCCCCAGUCUGGCGAAGGCCGGGGUCUGCACUGACUCUCCCAAAAUGCUGCCUCCAGGGGACCGGGGGGCCCUGAGCCAGCGCUCCGCCCACCCUCCCCGAGUCACCCUGCCCAUCCCACCCACCCACCAGCGGGAACACAGCAGGGCAUCACAGCUGCUGGCCCACUCCUCCCUGAGCUCCUUCCUGGGCCUCAGCAUGGACCUGCAGCUGCAGUCGGAGCAGCUCCGACAGGAGAUGCCUGCGGCCCCAGAAGCUCCGUCUUCCUACCUGAAGCACAGGGUCCCGCUGCUGCUGGAAAGGCGGCCCAAAGAGCUCCUCUCCGACCUCGGGGGCUUCUUUCCUGCCUCUGUUCAGCACUACAAGAACCUGCGGAGGCCCAUCCACUUCCCAGGCUGGGUCCCCAACUCCGCGGUGCUGCAGCAGAUGUGGCUGCCCCAGGAGGUCAGCGGCCUGGGGAACCUCCCUCAGCUGACCGCCCGAGACUCAUCUAAGCCAGCGGGCAGCCAGGAGGACCUGUGGCUGUUGCGGGACAGACAGCCCCACACCAGGAGCCAGCUGCAGUGGUCGGAUGAGGACCUGGACCUGGACCUGGAGCUGGACUGGACCUUGGACUAUCCCCUCUCGUCUCCGGAGCUCUCCCAGGAACUGCUGACGUUUGAGAAGUCGGCAGAGACGCAGGGGCGCGCCCCCAGCAGGGCUGCGGUGAGUGGAGUGGAGAGGGAAGCAAGGCCUUCCGUGGUCACCACGGCCCUCCACGGCACCACCACCAUCCAGAGAUACGAGUCCCUGGCCAAGAGACGCGUCCGGGAGACCGCUGCCAGGACAGAGACCUUUUUACGCCGCCACCAGCACCGCCUCGGGCACUCGCUCUGGGAACUGCGCUACGGGCACCUGCCCAGGCUCAUGGACCUGCUGAAGGAAGCCUCCUGGGGGGACCGUGUGCACAUCCUGCGGGCGCUGCUGAGGCUGCUGCCUGAGAUGAGCAAAACCCUCUACAAGAAGCUGCAGGAGACCCUCAAGUACCUGCUCAACCUGGACGAGCCCCCCAACCUGCAGGAAAAGACCCAGAGGCAGUUCGUGAUGCUGGCUCUGCAGCUGCAACUGGCCUGCUCCCUGGAAUCCCGCGAGGUGGUGCUGGAGCUCAUGUCCUACCUCCUCUACUCGCCAGCCUCCUGCCGGCCUGAGCUCAAGAAGCUGCUGGAAGGGCUGGGCCUCCAGGACCCGGAGGGCUUCCUGUUCAGGGAGAUGAUGACCUGGGUGCAGGACAUGGACCUGCACUGCAAGGCCGUGCUGCGCCGCUGCUGCUCCCAGAAGCUGGAGGAGAUGACCCACCUCCUGCAGGUGUGUGUGGGGGACCUGCCAGUGGAGCCUCUUGCCUUCCCCAGGGCUUUCCCCAGGUGCAGGGAGAGCAGGGGAGGCUGGGAGGCCAUGCCUGGCUCUAGACCGGCGGUUCUCAACCUGUGGAAGGGUCGUGGCAUUAGGAAAGUUGAGAACCUCUGCUCUAGAUCCAUGGCACCUGUCCUCCUAGUCCCGCCUCUCUCGGGAUCUUCCUGCUUCUUCCUGGGAGGGAGUCUGCAGCGGGGUCCAGCUGGGGUCCAGGAGCAGCACCCCGAUUCGGCCUCCUGCCCCCACUCCCUCCCCUCUCCCCCGCAGGUAGAAGCCUUGCAGCCAUCAGUUGCCAGGUUGUCGGACGUGCUGCCCAAGGUCUCCGAGACUGUGCUGUCGCCCGUCUCCUCAGGGCCCUUGGUGCACUCCACACUCUCCACCGUCUCCUGGACACCCUUGCAGCCGGGCUUGCCCAGAGACCUGGAUCCCCAGGUCCAGCAGCUGGUCUCACAGUUCCCCGUCUACCACAGCCACCGCACGUUCUCCGAGAGCCUGAUGCCCUUCUCCUCCGUGCCCGACAUCCACGUGCGCUCCUCGGCGCCCGAUGCGAUGCCCGAUCACCCACUGCCGCUGGAGCAGACAGACUGGUCGCGGUCAAAGAUGCUGGACCUGGGGCCGAUUGACGCACUCAACUACUUCUGCAAGCAGCGGAGGAGCUGCCUGCAGGAGGUGGCCGGGGACCAGAGGCUGCACAUGCUGCCGCCCAACGCCGUGGUGCCACAGCCCCGCGAUCACCUGCUUGACCCCAUUCUCAGGCUCCAGGAGAUCAAGCUCCAGGGAUCUGCAAUGAGACUGAGGGGCCAGAUGCUGGCCCGGCACGGUGAGGGCCGCACCCUCGAUGGCUCCAUCCGGACGCUGAAGCUGCCGCUGCCUCGGGUGGAGCUGCGUCCUUUCCCCGUGGACUGGCCCAGGCCUGCCCGCCCGCUGCCGCCCCUGCUCCUGCAGCCAGCCCUGCAGCGCUACUUCCUGCCGGACCUUGCAGACCCGGACUUCUACCGCUGACCCACUGGCAACCUUGGCCGGACCCUGGUCCCAGCCCCACCUGCCCUCCAGCAGGGGUUCAGGACACAGCUCUCCACCCGCUGUCCACCCCUGGCCAAGACUGGGGACUGGAAUAAAGUCCAGCCAGCAAA